AUGCUGCAAAUCGCAGAAGAUAUCGGUGGAGGAGAUUAUAACUGGUGCUAUGGCCUCCCGCAACUGCUCUCCAGUGCCAAGUACUCCGCCGAUCGAAGCAGCCGAACAAAUGGCGCGUACACUGAUUGGCAACUACCCAUCGGAAGAACAAAGGCUCUCUCUGAGGUCUCGUUGAUUUUGAAGAUGUCUCCAGACAUGUUCGCGGACCUUCGGUCACAUCUACAACGCAUGACGGAGGAACCCCGGAGUGAAUGGGAACCAGGAGAGAAAAAUUGUGCUGUUAUCCUUUUUAAGCAAGUGUGCCAGCACAUUGCUAGACGCAAUGAGAUCCUCAUUUCAACGAAUAACAGCCUGGCGGCAAACGUCUGCUCCCAGCAUUUUGGAUCAGACGCGAAAGCGGGGCUUCUCAUCUCGGAUGAAGACCCUAAGGAGCGUAACUGUGAACAAGAAUUUCCAUCUAAUAAUGCCCUUCAUGCUCAUGCUGCAGAUUGCAAUGAUGUCGGCGGUUUUCAUGCAGAUAUCGCGGACUUACCAAUCCUGAAAGCAAAACCAAUGGAAGUUCCCGCACAUGAUGGCAUGGGAUUUCGAUCCUGGAAAUACGCUACAAUUAAGGCAUACAUUCACAUUCAAUUGUUGGAUCCCUGUUACAAAGUGCAAAUUCUCCGCAAAGAUCGGUGCCAUUGUGCUUGCUAG